CAUACACUCCGUCAGAUAAAUAAAACAAGAACGUACACGAAUAUAUAAAAAAAAGCCGCAGGAAGUUGUUUUCAUUAUAAUCAAUUCUUAGACAUUCCUAUUUCUAUCAAUAAAAUUGUAAGUUAUUGAUAAUUGUCAGUAGUUGUUAAUCGAGUAAUUCCAUAAAAAAACUUAACCCAUUUUUUACUUAGUGUUUUUAAUAAAUUUGAUAAAAUUUUUAUUACAUAACCUAACACGUGAAGAUUAAGUGGAUUAUUGCAUAAAAUGUCAAGAUUAUUAAUAAAUUUGUGUCCUAAAAUAAAAACCCUGGUUUCAUCGGCUGCCGGGUCAUUGAUUGACGUUAAAUCUGUUAAUUUUAUAAACAGCACCCGCAAUUUUUCAAUAACAUCAAGAUUAUUGUCAGCCUGGCCGCAAAUCCAAAAGCGAGCUCCAGAAUUUACCGGUACUGCUGUUGUUGAUGGUGAUUUCAAGGAAAUAAAAUUAUCUGACUACAGUGGAAAAUACCUAGUCUUGUUUUUUUAUCCACUUGAUUUCACAUUUGUAUGCCCAACCGAGUUGAUAGCAUUCAAUGAAAAGCUAUCGGAAUUCAAGUCGCUAAACACCGAAGUAGUUGGCGUAUCAACAGACUCUCACUUCAGUCAUUUGGCGUGGAUAAACACUCCCCGUAAACAAGGCGGUCUGGGCGGGUUGGGUUACCCGCUGUUGAGUGACUUCAACAAACAAAUAUCCUCAAGGUACGGAGUCCUCUUAGACGAGCCGGGUGUUGCACUACGUGGUCUAUUCAUAAUUGACAAAGAGGGUUUCUUGCGGCAGAUGAGUGUCAACGAUUUGCCCGUGGGCCGCAGUGUUGACGAGACACUGCGUCUCAUAAAGGCUUUCCAAUUCGUGGAGAAACACGGGGAAGUUUGUCCCGCUAAUUGGCAACCCGACUCCAAAACGAUCAAGCCCAAUCCCAAAGACAGCAAGGAGUACUUCGAGACCGUAAAUUAAUAAAAUAAGUUUUGCUAUUAACAAUAAUUAAUAAUUAAAAAUUAAAAAUUAAAAAUUAAACGUACUUGAUAUAUUAUAUUAGAAAAUAUAAGUGGUCAC